UCAUUUGUGGGUCCAGUCUGGUGUGGAAGCAGGUUGGAAGAUGGCGCUCAACAUGCGGGGUUCUUUGAUGGCUCUGCUUCUUCUAGGAACUGACGUGCUCAUCAGUAUUCAUGCUCAAGAGACCAGUUUUUCCGAGGCAUCGACCAGCAAGUCCUGCAAAUGUGGCUGUGAUGGAGGCGAAUCUCCAACAGAGUUUUCCAUCAUGGGGUCUGGCUCUAUGGUGAGAGGAGUGGAUUGCAUGCCAGAGUGUCCGUAUCAUCGGCCUCUGGGAUUUGAGGCAGGAUCUGUGAGUGCAGACCAAGUCACCUGCUCCAACCAGGAUCAGUACACCGGCUGGUUCUCCUCAUGGCUCCCAAGCAAUGCCAGGCUCAACAGCCAAGGUUUCGGGUGUGCAUGGCUUUCCAAAUUCCAGGACAACAGUCAGUGGCUCCAGAUCGACCUGCAGGAGGUGAUGGUUGUCUCAGGCAUCCUCUCCCAGGGCCGCUGUGAUGCUGACGAGUGGGUCACCAAGUACAGUGUUCAGUACCGCACAGACGAGAAGCUCAACUGGAUUUAUUACAAAGAUCAAACUGGAAACAACAGGGUUUUUUAUGGAAACUCUGACCGCUCUUCAUCCGUCCAGAACCUCCUGCGGCCACCCAUUGUUGCACGUUACAUCCGCAUUCUCCCUCUGGGAUGGCACACUCGCAUUGCUCUGCGCCUGGAAUUGCUGCUGUGCAUGAAGAAAUGCAUGUGAACCCUGAAACCCUCUGAAGCAUUGUCCCAAACCCUGUGUGGUGUUUGAUCAUGUAUUCUUCCCCUGAAUAGCAAAUCGACCCAGAAAUAUUCACAACCCCGAGCGCUGUUACAUCCAACAUGCUUCCAUGAAAACAGCUCUGUUUGAUAUGUAUGAUAAGCUUUCAUUCAGCCCGCUCCACAUUGUCUCCCACUGGGCCUCUAUUUUCAAGAGUUCUCAAUUGGUGGCUCAGUUUGCAGUGAAAUGGCAUAAAUUCAAAGCAAUAAUUAGUGGUUGAGCAGAAGAGGCAGCGUUGCUAUGAGCGCUUUGUUGCCACAGGUUUUUGCUGUUAUGUGACAAGUUUUUCCAGCCUCACUGAACUAGACAGACAUUACAUUAAAAAUUGACUCAUAUUAUGAUUUACAUUUAUAGGUGUCACAUAAAUGCAACAAACAAUAGAACUAUCUUUUUAACAACAACUUUUCUGAAGUUAGAGCCAGUCUGAUGUUAUUUUAUUCCCUGUAAAAGUCAGAAGCAACAGGUAUCCUCAUGCAUUGCUAUUGUCUUUAAUUAGAGACAGUUAAUAUGUUUUAAAAAUAAUUAUGAUCUUUCAUAUGUCACAUGAA